GGCGCAAGCCAAACGGUCGCGCCACACCAUCUGCCCCUCAGCCAGCAUCGAGAGACGGGAGGGUGGGGCGAAGGGAGGGGGGGAUGCGAAAGACAGCGUGCGGGCGUUGUUGUCCGACCGUGAAGCCACGCGCCCGCUGUCGCCCCCCUUCUCCCCUGUUGUACUCCCCUAGCCCAACAUCAGAGAUACGCACACGACCCGCUGAGAGAGACUCGCAACGAACCGUCGUCGUCCCCGCGGCGAAGAAGCACAGACAAGCGGGGCCCUCCUUGCGCAGCUCGUCCGCAUCGGUCGCGGCCGGCCGCCUCUCCUGCUGCCACGCGCCGCUGUGCGCGCGUGCCAGGUGCUGCCCCUCGAUGCUUUUGCCGCUGUUGCUGAUCCGUGUGUGCGUGCUUAUACCUGUGUUUGUGGGAAUGUAUGUGCGCUGUCUCGGGGGACCUCCUCCUGCUAUACCGUUCCUGCCCUUCUCUCAAUCGCUCGCGUUCACCGAACCCUUCGUAAUUGCCCGCAGUUUGUGGCACAGAAGAAACAAGAAAACCCGAUCCUAGCGCUCUUGUGUUCCUUUAAUUCGGAAGGCAUCACACUGCCUAAAAAAAAAAAAAAAAAUGGCAGUGGCUCAGCUCAGCUAUGCCAGGAUAUACGUAGCGAAAGCUAAAGCAUAUAGCAUGGUUAGCCUUGGUUAAUCUUGAUUGCAAGUCCAGGUUAGUCUGGUUGUCUAGCUAUGUUGCAGCGUUUAGCCGGUCGUUCGGCGCGCUGUUCCGUCUUUUCCCUGGGCGAUUCGUUUCCUCUACAUCUCGUUCCGAUGUCGAUUCCAGGCCUCCUCCUGCUUAUCAGAAUUGUCGCCGUCCAUACUACCGCCUCAACUGUGGUUGCGGCGCACGCGAGCUCUCCUUUUCAAUCCUCCGACAUGUUAUCAGGCAUGCGACGCAGCUGGCGAAGCGAGUGGAGGCGAACGCAACGACGAGGAACGCGGUGUGACGUCAUGUGCUUCCUCGGAGCACGGCGAAAUCGCAAGUUCGCGGCCAGUUUCGCUUUAAAGUAUAAACCCCAUGCAAGCGAUCUUGCACGCGACAGCGACAAGCGACGCGAUGGAGAUGGCUGUCGCGUUCGCUCGUCGCCUACAAGUUGCACCCCAUGCGAGCGAUGACUUCGAGCGACGUCUCCCCAGUGUUGCCGGUAUGAGGGCAGCAAUAUAGGGGCCGAAACUAGCGUGACGCGUGCUUUAUUAACUUAAGUUGAUGUAUAUUACUGUAAAAAGCAGCAUAAAAUAUUUCUGAAAGUCUUGCAGUAGGUUCUUAUCCUUGCACGUAUAAAAAUUCAAUCGUUUGCUCGUUCCGUGCGACAAUCGGAAGUACUGGAGUUAUGUACAUCCAGUUCCGGCUUUGCGCUAUUGGCUAGUCGCUCAUAGCACUUCCGGGCGACGAGCGACGAAUUCUAGAUUUGCAAAACCGAGCGAUCGCGCGACAAGACCGAGCGAUCUGUUCAAGCGACGGCCCGAUCCGUCGCGCGAACCCGUCGCUCGUCGCUGUCGCGCACAAAAUCGCGCUAAUGGGGUUUAGCCUUAAAAAUGUCGCGUAGCCCCUCAGCAACAAGCCCUUCUUAAGCUUCGCUUUGGUUUCGGACUGCAUCAGGCUAUUUCAACAACGUUGAACCGCACGCCGCAGAUUUAUACGCCGCUGCAACGGAAAUUCCGCGCGAUUCGCGGCCUAAAUCGCAACGCACAUAAUCUACGGGCGAAAAAAAAAAAAAAAAAAGACAGACGGAUGAAUGAACAAGAAAGUUCAAAAGCUACGAGUAAACAAACAAAAAAAGUUCCCCUACGGGAAAGCGAAUUCAGGUUCGGGCGCCCCAACGUACGUGGAGACAACAAUAGAAGAAUGAAAGACCGGGAGAGAAAGGAGGUGAGAAAGGGCGGGGAACACGCUACAGCGCGAGCGUACGAGAGUCGUGGAAGUAAGCAGAAAGAAACGGGGAAGUCGAACAGGCUCAAUCCGCCAAGGAAGGGCCCGACGACUGGGCUUGAUCAGCGCAAACGGCUCAGAAUGGAGAGCAAAGGCUCGGGUCACAGGAAGAUAAAGAGGAGGGGUCGACGUAAGAACGAGGUUGGCUGGCGAGCAUGUCUUGAAUGAACGACGUGGCGUAGGAUCGGAGGCGCGUAUAGUGGCUAGUGCGCACGUCAAAGGAUGAAUCGACGGGGAGAAGGCAAAGUGCCGAAAGAAACAAGAAACUGGGAAUAGAUUAAAAACACACACACACAAGCGUGUGUCACAAGCACGUACGCACAUCUCGAAGCACGAUGACGGGAGAGACGAUAGGGUUCGCAAGCUCCUGAGCGUUUAUAGUGCGAGGAGGAUGGAAGAGGGACGAGGCCGAACAGCGCGAGUUCGGCGUUGACGUUCCGAGCGACGGACCAGACGAGAGCACCUCGGCUCCCUUUCCCCCCUCUCCCCCCCUCUCUCUCUCUGGCCCCACGAUCACCCGCCGUCGCCGCCCCAUCUCAGAUCCCCGCCGCUGAAACCGCCAGAAGACCAGCAAGCGCGCGGGCGGCCGGUAAAGCCGUUGCGAUAUAGGUGCGCUUUCUCUCGGGUGCGCGCUUGUUGUUUCAACCAGACAGCAGCAAGAAGGCAUAGUGACGCUGUGAGGACAACACCUUAACCGCCUUCGCCGUGCCAACGACCCAAGUCGCGAGCCACAGGGUUCCAGCAUCGGGAACCCAUCGAUCGUUGCGAAACGAGGCGGCGCGCCCCACGCGCUGAGUCACGCGCGGUACCGGGGGACGCCAGCGGCGACAAGGGACCAACCAGCACGAGGAGUACACUACUGGGCAGAGAAAAAAGAAAAAAAAAGUUCACCGAGGAGUACUCCGACGCGGUGAGUCGCGCGCGGUCUCUCGCCGAUGGACGCCUCGGAGGGGUGCCCCGCGGGCCGCCUGCACGGCUACGCGGCCGCGCUGAACCAGUCGGACGCGUUCGUCGUGCUGUCGGCGGCGGCCGCCGUGCUCGCCUUCGGCAUCAACCUGACGCAGGCGCUGGUCAUCCUCUGCCUGGUGUGGCGCUCCUGGAAGUGCGCCUACCACCUGGCGCUCUCGUUCUGCGGCCUGCUGUCGGCCGCCGCGCUGCUCUGGCACGUGGUCGCGCUCCGGAUGCCCGACGACCGCGGCGGGUGGCGCGCCGGCUGCGGCGCCAUCCCGUCGGCGCUGUCCGUCGCCCUGCUCGUCGGCUACGUGGCGCACGUCACGGCGCCCGUGGUGCACCGCUGCGUCGCCGACACCUGGCCCCGGGCGUUCGCGGGCCACGCGCGCAACCGGGGCCUCUGCGUGCUGCUCAGCGGGUUCGCCUGGUGCGAGACGGUGCUGCUGGCCGUCACCGUGAUCUCCGACUGGCCCUCCGGGAGCCAGCAGCAGCAGGCGCCGGCCUCGGCGGGCGGCGCCGACGUCUGCGCCCUGCCGCACCCGUGGUCGUCGGCCUUCUCCACGUUCGUCUGCGCGCUCUACGCGCUUCACGUCGUCGUCGACCUGGCCGUUCUCGUCGACAUGACGGCGGCCGCGAUGCGCAAGUCUCGCGCCGCCGCAGCGCCACAGCCGCUGCCCACCAUCGCCGCGGCGGCCGACUCGGCGUGUCGCCGGGCCGACGAUGAUGACGACGACGACUUCUUUGGCGAGGGCGGCUGCUCGUCCCUGAACCGCGUCGACCUGGGGCCCCUGUGGUGCCGGUUUGUGCUGCUGCUCGUGGGCACGCUGCCCAUGAUCGGGGUCAUGUUCUACCACAUGAUCUCGCUCCCGCCGACGUCCUCGACCGGGGGCCGCUCCUGCCCGUCCUUCCGCGACGUGCUUCCGCUGUGGACGCUGCUCUGCACCGUAGUGCUGGGCGUCGCGCUGCCCGUGGGAAGCGUGUCCAGCGACCCCGUGGUGGCCGAAGGCUCGGUGCACAUUAUCCGUCUGUUGUGCUGCUUCCUCAGGCGGAAGAGGAGGGUGGCACCCGCCAGGGGCGCGUGAGCACGUAAGACGUCACUUCCGGAAUACGCAAGACACACCCUGUUCAAUAACCGUGUGACGGGUGCGACUGGAAUGCGGGAACGAGUCGCAAGUCAUAUCCUGUCGACACAGCGGCAACAUUCGCUGGUCCGACUGUGUCACCCAACAUACUAGGAGGCUCUAUGGUGGAUAAUGCCAAACUUCACGGUUGAAAUGAUGAUGGAACACUUUCCAUAAGCCGCCGUCUUCAGUACUCAGUGAAUGGUGCAAGUAAAUUUCAGGUGGCCUUUCCCCGACCAUCAGCCAGAAAUCAAUGCAUGGACAUGCCACAGUACAAGUUGAGUGUGAGCGACAGUGGAUUGCACAUGUUUUUUGCAUGCAUACUGUUCUACCAUGUCAUACGUGAACACAAGCUUCUUUCAGCAGUGCCUGCUACAGGCUAGCUCUGAAAUGCCAAAGGUUUGGACAAUCAAACACCCUUGUACACCUUUCAUGCAUUCCUAGGCAGUACCCAAAGAACCUUGUCAACAACACAAAAUGCAAGUGGUGUUUUAUUUGCUAGACUACUAGCUGUGUACAGCAAGGCAGCACGUUUGUUUUGGAUGUUACAUGAAGUGUACACGAACAGUAAGAGUACGUUUUACAUACAUGAAAGAGUAUUUACGUAAGCUGCACCCAUGCCCUAUAUGCUCAAUGUCCAAAGUAAGCAUGGUAUGCUGAAUUUAGUCAAGAAAUGAUGAGAUAUAAAUGUGUGUAUGUGUGUGAUGAAAAUGGCAUAUUAAUGUUAAAUACGCCAGCUCUUUAUUGCGUGCCUUGUUCCAGUGUACCAGCAAGAUAGCUUGAAUGAGAUAACUCCAGAGCUCUUGGCAUGGUACAAGCUUAAGGUGCAUCUGGUCCCCAAGGUUGUUUUACACUCAAAGGAUUAUGUACAUAUAUACGUACCUAUAUAGGUAUGGUGCUGUUACGAGACAUUAAGAACAAUAUUUUUGCAUCUUGUCAUGUUGUAUAUAGAUAUGUCUACUUUUGAAAGAACAUAUGGACAGCUUCCAGUAAACAAAGCCCAGGUGGAAUGGCAUUCACUAUGACAAACACGUAGAACGUUAGAGCUUGACGAAAUUUAUACCAUAUACACGAUUUUGUAAUUGUGCUCAGCAGUAUUUGUGUGCCAUUUUAUAAAAUUUUAUAGCAGCUCAAAUUUUAUGUGCAUUUAAAAAGCAUGAGGACUACUACUAUGCGAGUAGAAUAGUUCCAGUCAGACAAAUUGUGACUACAUUUCCUGACCAUUUUCAUCCAAAGUAUGUGUUGUCCAGUCAUAUGUGAACAAUCAAAGGGGUUACUCUGCUCACAGGUGCUAAGAAAUAUUUACAUUGCUAUUUCGAUUGUUCAUGUUGUGUGUGAUGUUUAGUUUUGAUACUUUUGUGGUUGUCAUGUUGUGUUUUGUUGCCCUAGUCACGCUUAGCACAUUUUUUAAAGCAAAUUCACGAUGGAUUCACCAACAAGCACUGCAGGCACUGCACUAGAAGACCAGCUGCAUAGCUUCUCACAAGAAUAAAUAAACAAAUAACAGAAAGGGUUGUUGCAGCAAAAGUCAACUAGGGGUUGUACUAGUAAUGCAUACUGCUCCACCAUUCAACCAUUUAUUAACCAGUCUGCUUUUUUUUUUUGCUUGAUGAGGACUGAUCAGGCAAGUGAAAAUCCAAACGUCAGUGCCUUCCAUAUGUGAAGGUUUCGACACACAUAUGGCCACUAUACAUUUCUCAUUAAUCCUCAAAGUGAACACGGCACGUGCACAUCUCAUGCCAAACUGGGUGGUGUGGUCACUGAGAUAUGUGUGCAAGCUGCGACACCAGUGAGAUACUUUUAGCACCAAAGUCCAAUAGCAAAUUUGGUCAUCACUGCCUGUACAGAUAUUACGUGUCACACAGAAGGUACCUUAAGCUGGUUGCACCAAAUGCUAGCUGGUGCAGAACAAUGAAACUUGAAGGGGGCCAGUGGUAAGAGGCAAGAGAACAGUGUGCCACUGCUUAUUACAAUGUUCAUUCGCCAACAAGCGCAAUGACACACAUUAUUAAUCAGUCCUGCUUUUGCAUAAGCCACUUUUUUUUUGUCAGCCUUUUUUCACUCUCACUGCAUGUUUGUAUAGUCACUGGCUUGUGAUCACUCCUGCCUAGUCAAAUGAAUCUGUGAACAUGUAUUGACCUUUGGAAUAAAACACUCGCUUCAGCACCAAGGAA